GAGGAAACACUGGCUUAUUAGAAGAGUGUGUAGAGGGAUGAAUGGACAUCAGCCUAAUUUAAGGACAUAAGAAGAGGGCUGCUGUAACAACCUUCUGACCACACUGAACGCUGGAGAGCACUGAGGUUGAAGAGUACUUUGGAUAAGUGCUAUCCAUUUACAAAGUAACAGAAUGGAGAACAAGCAACAAAGCAAGGGAGAGAUGAAACAAAAUAAGGAGGUGAAGAAAAAUAUGAAUUGGUCUGGAAGUCUAAUUGUAGCAUCUUUAACUGGUGCUUUUGGGUCAUCUUUUCUUUACGGUUACAACCUCUCCGUGGUGAAUGCCCCUGCAGUGUUUAUCAAGAAGUUUUACAAUGAAACUUGGGAACGAAGAUACGGCUUCUCAGUGGAUGAAGGCACCCUGACUCUCCUCUGGUCUGUAACUGUUUCCAUUUUUGCCAUUGGUGGCCUUGUGGGUGCUAUUAUUGUUACCCCAAUUGUGAAGUUCUUUGGACGGAAAUGUACGCUGUUGCUCAACAACGUCUUUGCAGUAACAGCUGCACUACUGAUGUCACUCUCUCAGUUGGCGGGAUCAUUUGAAAUGCUCAUACUGGGCCGCAUUAUAAUGGGAGUUGAUGCAGGCAUUUCCUUGAGUGCCCUUCCCAUGUAUUUGAGCGAAAUAUCUCCUAAGGAAAUCCGUGGUUCACUGGGUCAGGUUACAGCAAUUUUCAUCUGUAUUGGUGUUUUCACUGGGCAAGUCUUGGGGCUGCCAGAGAUAUUUGGGACAGAAUCUCGGUGGCCUUUUUUGUUUGGAGUGAUCGUUGUUCCUGCGUUGGUACAAGUAGUGAUUCUGCCUUUUCUUCCUGAAAGUCCUCGUUACCUGCUACUUGAAAAACAUAAUACCAGUAAGGCAGAAAAAGCAUUUCAGACCUUCCUUAGGAAAGACGACGUGUCUCAAGAAGUAGAAGAAGUUCUGGCAGAGAGUCGAGUCCAAAGAAACACCAAAUUAGUGUCAGUGCUUCAGCUCCUUAGAACCCGUGCUGUACGAUGGCAAGUCAUCACCGUGGUUGUCACCAUGGGAUGCUACCAGCUCUGUGGGCUAAACGCAAUCUGGUACUACACAAACAACAUCUUUAGUGAAGCUGGAAUCAACAGUGAAACAAUCCCAUAUGUUACUCUAAGCACUGGUGCUGUUGAGACUCUUGCUGCUGUUUCUUCUGGCUUAGUUAUUGAACGGCUCGGACGGAGGCCUCUUCUCAUCGGGGGUUUUGGGUUGAUGAUUGUCUUCUUUGCAGUUCUUACCGUGUCUCUGACUUUUCAGAAUAAUGUGUCUUGGCUUCCUUACCUCAGUAUAUUUUGCAUUCUUGCAAUUAUUGCAUCGUUCUGCAUUGGACCAGGUGGGAUCCCGUUUGUCCUCACAGGAGAGUUUUUCCAACAGUCUCAGAGGCCAGCUGCAUUCAUGGUAGCUGGGACAGUCAACUGGCUCUCCAACUUCGCAGUGGGACUGCUCUUCCCUUUCAUUCAGAGCGGUUUGCAGAACUACUGCUUCCUUGUGUUUGCUGCCAUCUGCUUUGCAGGAGCGACCUACCUGUUUUUUGUCCUGCCUGAAACAAAGAACAAGACACUGAAUGAGAUCAGCCACGCAUUUGCCAAAAGGAAUAAAGUCUCCUUAGAAAUGCAAGAAAUGAACCAUUACCCAGAAGAGAGGAAAUCAAGUGCCGAGCAAGAAUCAAACUUCACUUCUUCAGUGGGCAAUGGGGAAACAAAACAAGCAAUUGUGUAAAACAAGGAUGUUUUUUUGGGGUGGCUGGGGGAAAAAUCUGUUCUUCUCAUUUAGUAUGUUUAUAGCAGUUGUAUUUUUAAUGUGACAACAUGAACUGCUUCCUCCUUAAAUAUGUUUUGUAAGUGAAUAUGGGUGAACUCGUUAGCAGCUUGGCUGAUACAGGGGAAGUUGGAGGCAGAGUAGCAGCAGCUGUUUAAAUAAAUAAGAGCCAGAGUUUUCUUGGACACCUGCAAAGUAGUGGGGGGGGGGGGAGGAACACAGACCUGGGGAAACAUAUUGGCUGUGGGGAGCAGUAGUUGGCUAGGCACAGCUGUGUGCUGAUAGAUAGUAAGGUGUGUGUGCACCUGGCAGGAGAUGAAUGGGAAGGGGUGCCAGCAGGGAUAGGGUUGCUAGGAAUCAGUGUGAGGCAACCUGAAAUGGGACCAGCUUGCACUGCUCCCUGUUCCAGUGUGUCAGUAAACCUACACAUGAGAACUGAGGAGAAAGAAGACGGGUGUCAUUCCUCCAACCUUCCAGUCCUUUUCCAGCUAUUUUGGCUUUUCGCUGCUUCUUAUGAAGACCUCUGAGCUUUUCAUAACUGGAGAGCUGCAUGGCCUGAUGGGUUUCUUUAUCUGUCUCGCAAAUCUCGAUCAAUCAUUUGCCUGUAGUUUCUGAGUUUACUGGCACUACAUUUCUGUAGAGAUAGAUAUACGUUUUUUUUUGAAGAAUAUCUGUAGAAUUUUUAGUAUGAAAGGAAAUCUAGCCUUCAUAUUGAAGGGCAAGAACUUUGAUGGUAGUUGUAGGGUGUAGCAUCGAAAAGAAAAUCAAAUGCCAAGUUUCCCAAGGGUGUUUUUUGUUGUUUAUUUUUCUUUUGGGUUGUUUUUUUUUUCUUAUUAUUUUCCACACGCAGAAAAUGAUAACCAGUUCCUUUCUUUCAAGUUCCUUUUAAAACAAGUCUUAGGAGCCAAAAUUUCCCUGAGACCUAAUAAACAUCAUUUCUUAACACUCAGAUCUCCAAAGGAACUUGGGAAUCUAUUUCUUAUUUGGACAUUAACUUAAUUUGGGCUUAAUUCUUAAGCUCUGAACCUUCUCUGUGUUUAUAAGUUUCUAAGCUAUUUAAUGCUCUUUAAAACUGGCCUCAAGGUCUGUGUAAUUUCAUGAUAGCAAGAUUCAGCAGGUUGCCAGGUGGUAGGUGAUCCACUGCCUUUCAUUUAGGAUAUUUUUAAUGAACUUUUAUUUCCAGUUUGUAAUUAUGAUAAUGGUUUUUCUUGACUCUUUGAAUAAAUUGGCUGCUAAGGGGGUAAAUAAGCACUUUUAACUUGAGUAGCUGUUGUUUCAUACUAAAAGUAAAUAAGUAAGUCUUAGUGCUACUCUCAGUGAGGAGUAGGGCACAAGAAGCAAAUUCAGCAUUUAAGUAGAGCCAGCUGCUUCCACAAGUUAUAUUUACUAUUGCAAAAGUUCAUAAAUUUGGGAUUUAAAAAUAUAUAUAUAUAUGUAUAUACUCAUAUAUAUCCAAAAUAUAAAGGUAUAUAUGACUAUACAUAUAUUCAUAUAUAGAGAGAGAAAUAAAUGGAGAAUUGCUUUCUACUACUUGUUUUGUUCAGACUUCCCUGACUGAUAAGCUGCUUAUUUGUUUCAUACUGUAAAUUAAGAUCAGAGAUCCUGAUAGCUAUUGCUUCUAAAUGAUAUAUAGGGUAUAUUGCGAUUUAUUUAUUUGUGAUAUAUUUGCUGCACACAUUGUAAGCUGACAGCGUAGGUUACCUAGUAGGGCAAUUUCACUACUGAGUAAUAGAAGAAAAAUGUUCUGAGACUUUAUGCCUGGAUUUAUGCUAUUUUACUGGGGUAGAGAUACAGCAACAAGUGAGAUGAAAAAAAAAGAUACAUGUAAGGAAGAGAAUUAAGAAUGAAGAUUCAGAUUUAUGAUACUGGUGCUACUCUUGAGAAACAGAGUGAAUCAGGACUGUACCAACUGAUUAUCAGAUACAGAGGCUAAUCAAAUACUAUGGAGAAAAAUGAAGAAAGGUGUCUUCAAUAACCUUCUGAAGUUGAAUACAUAGCAAAUGGAUAUGUCUUCCUUUGGUGGCUCUUGUUGCCUACCCCACGUGUUAUGUGAGGCUUGCUAAGUGGUGGCUAGGCAAAAAAAAAGUGAUCUUGAACACCCUGCAGAACAUUUCUGGAAUAAAUUCUGCUGCUGCUGCCUGUAGGGCAAGACUGGCAAGUUCAGACCCUCUCAUUCAGGUUGAAAAUUACUUUGUACUUAGGGCUACUGACAUGAGAUGUUGUGAUCUGACUGAGAUGAGGUGGCUGGACCAGAAUCUGCUAUUAUUAUUACAAUUAGAAAAAUGUAGCACUCAGUGCUAUUCAUUGAUGUGCAUUGAAGCAACAUUAUCAACAAGUAAUGCCUAUGAGAUAACUUCAAUAAAAUAUCUUGUUGGCCUGAUAGAGCAGUUCAGUUGGACUUCUGCAACAGGAUAAAAUAAUCUUACAGUUGUUUUCAGUUGCAUCUGGAGCCCAGCUAUAAACAUGUUGAUAAAAGGAUGUUCGAUAGAAUUUCGUAUCGCAGCUCAGGGGAUUGUGCAGUAUUAACAAUAGGGGUUGUGUCUUCUUUGCCCACCUCUUGCCAUAGUCCAGAUAGACACACUCCAGAUACAUGCUUCCUGUAGACAGUGACUGCAGACAGGAACAGCAGCUGCUCCUCCUCUGCCCUUUGCUCCAGCCCAUGGCUCAGGCUGCAAACAGUUUCAGCCUCCAGAUGUGCGUUUGUGCAGGUGCUCUGCUUGCUGGCUAGGGAAGUGGCUGCUGUCUCCUCUGCCUGGGGUUGUGGAAGUUUCUGAGCAAUGCAGAUGUGCAGGUACUGUGUAACUUCUCAUCUCUGAUCCUGCAGAGAGCUUUAUGUUGUUAAAGUUGUUUGGUAAUGUUUUUUUAUUUCUAAUGUUAUGCUGCUAUAACUUCUCCAGCAAUGAGAGGACAACAUGGAAAAUAUCACCAGUGUGUUGUUUGGUUUUCUUGUUGAAUGUGUCAAACUGUCUGCGGCCAUGUGUUUGUCAGUGGUGCUGUGUGGGGCUACAUUCAGUUCUCCUGUCUGAAUAACACACCGUUACUUGGUGUUCCUUUGUACAAGUAUCGACCGUGGGUUGUGUGUGCUUGAUCAGCCAUGUCCAUGCACAAAGACUGCAAAAUAAACCUUUGGAAUUAAAGCUGCGAUGGAAGUUUUCUUCUG